ACAAAGGUGAUAAACUCUUUAGUCAAAUUGUGAUUGGAGAGUACUUUUUAAUAUGAAGCCAUGCUGUAGCUUUUUUUCUUCUUGAUCAACCAUAAAUAUUUAUUUUCUCUUUUGGCUUUGCAUACGCGCCAUAUUUCUUCAACUCACCCAUCAAGUAAGGUUUAGCGAAGGGGCCAAUGAACAUUCCUUGCAUGCCACCCUUCUGAGUUUACAAAGUUGUCAUCUUUCUUGUCUUUUCUCAUCACUCUUCACAAGUUCAACCGUUAUUACAGGAACACCACUCUCACAAAUUCUAGAAUUGCGGAAUUUGAUUUUCCUCUGUCUAUACUCAAUUUGAUGUCUUCUAAGAGGACCCCAGAGCAAUACGUUGAAGCCAUGCCGGUGUUAGAAACUUUAAGGAGGGUGAAACGUUUAAGGUUGUUUGAACCUUCGGUUAGUGUUGCCGGGUUUUCUCUGGUAUCUGCCUUUAUUAUAUGCAGCUUCUUCUACUUGGAUUAUAAGGAAGUCGCUGGAAGGUUGGGGUUCUCGGGUCAAUCUGAGAGGGUUAGUUGGUGGCACCAGAAAAGGGGUUCCGUUGAGGAACGUGUGCAUAGAGUUGAGUUUCUUGGAGAAAAGGGUGGUGAGUGUGAUUUGUUUGAGGGUAACUGGGUUUGGGAUGAAAGUUACCCUUUCUAUGAAUCAAAAGAUUGUAGCUUCCUUGAUCAGGGAUUUCGGUGUUCGGAAAAUGGAAGACCUGAUUCGUUUUACACAAAGUGGAGGUGGCAACCCAAAGCUUGCAACUUGCCCAGAUUUAACGCAACAAAGAUGUUAGAAAAACUGCGAAACAAGCGCCUGGUGUUUGCUGGGGACUCAAUUGGGAGAAACCAAUGGGAGUCACUAUUAUGCAUGCUCUCUGCUGGAGUUUCUAACAAGGAUUCAAUCUACGAAGUAAAUGGCAGUCCAAUUACAAAGCACAAGGGGUUUUUGGUGUUCAGAUUCAAGGAUUAUAACUGUACAGUGGAAUACUACAGAUCUCCAUUUCUUGUAUUGCAUAGCCGGCCUCCUCCUAAAACCAAUGAAAAGAUUAGGACAACACUGAAGUUGGAUCAGAUGGAUUGGUACUCUUUGAAAUGGAGAGAUGCAGAUGUUUUGGUUCUUAACACAGGGCACUGGUGGAAUUAUGAGAAAACCAUAAAAGGGGGCUGUUAUUUCCAAGAAGGUGUGGAAGUGAAGUUGGAAAUGAAGGUAGAAGAAGCAUAUAAGAAGUCCAUUGAAACAGUGUUGAACUGGAUACAAAAUUCAGUAAAUGCUAGGAAGACUCAAGUUUUCGUUCGCACUUACGCCCCUGUGCAUUUCAGAGGUGGUGAUUGGAGAAAAGGUGGAAGCUGUGAUUUGGAAACACUGCCAGAGCUUGGAUCCUCGUUGGUGCCUAAGGAUAACUGGUCACAAUUCAAAAUAGCCAAUUCUGUGCUAUUAGCACACACAAAGAGCAAUGAAGUUUUGAAGUUCAAGAUAUUGAAUGUAACUGAGAUGACGGCCCAGAGAAAAGAUGGCCAUUCAUCCAUAUACUAUAUGGGCCCGAAUGCAGGCCCAACACCUCUCCAUCGCCAAGACUGUAGCCACUGGUGUCUCCCUGGCGUACCAGAUGCUUGGAAUGAGCUACUCUACGCAUUGUUCAUGAAACAUCAAACUUUUCAUAGACAAAACUAGCAAUACACAUGUCAAGCAUAUACUACAUAUAGCAUUUCUUUUUUUGUUUUGUAUAGAUUCUUUGAAUAUUUUGCAUUAC